AUGGAUGGCAACAAAGAGAGGAAAGACGGCCAUGACUGGUCCGAGUUAACUCAAUUAUGCCUCGUCGACAUUGUCUCUCGCCUUUCCAUCGAAGACCGAUGGCAUGGAUACAUGCUCGUGUGCAAGGCAUGGUUUGAAGUUUGCAAGGACCCUACCCUCAACUCGGUAAUCGACCUCGAAGAUCAGUUCGAUUCGGCCACUGAGUUGUCUCCUUACUGUACACAUGAGUUUGAGCACAAAAUGGACAAUAUGCUCCGAUCUGUUGUACUUUGGAGUGGUGGGUCUCUUACUACAGUUCGGGACAGAGAGACUGUUUCCGAUAUACCAUCGGUUAAAGAAGGUGAAAGAAGCCCUGAUAGCAAGCACUCUUUUGGGUUUUCCAUUGUUACCUGUGAUUUACGUGGCAUUCUUUCUGGUUUUUCCUUUCCCUUUAUGUUGGUGAAAUCUAUCAAUGGUUUAGAGUUUCUCCUUGGACAAGUUUAG